AUGGUGAUCUGUACUUAUAACGCACGUACGCUUGCAUCGGAAGCGGCCAUCGAAGAUCUGAUGAUGCAAGCCAAGAAGAUCAAGUACGACAUCAUCGGACUGACCGAGACGAGACGACGUCACCCUCUCAACGCCGUAUAUGAGACUGGAGAAGAACUGUUCUUAGGAACAUGCGACAAUAGAGGUGUUGGUGGAGUUGGCGUCCUCGUCAACACGAGAACGGCAAAGAACAUCGACUCUCUCGAACAACUUACGACCCGAAUCGGACGUCUGCGGAUGAGAAGAUGUGGUCCAACACCAGCUUUGGCUAUCUUCGUCGCUUACGCUCCAACAUCAAGCUACGAAGAAGAAGAAGUCGAAGCUUUCUAUAUGGACCUGGAGAAGUUCUACCGAGAAGACCAUGCCUUCUACAAGGUCAUAAUUGGCGAUUUCAACGCCAAAGUUAGCCCAAGAAGAACGCCGGAGGAACUUCACAUCGGGACCCACGGCCUACAAUGGAAUGACCAGGGGGAGAGGCUCUCUGAGUUCAUCUCGGACUCGGACUCGCAAUUCCAGAAGCCCUUCUCUCUGCGCUGGAAGUGGGAGUCACCCGGUGGAGGGUACCGUAAUGAAAUAGACCACAUCAUUGCCAAUAAAAGGUUCUGCCUGACGGACGUCGCUGUUGUACCAAAGUUCAAUAGGGAUCGGACCAUCGCCUCCUUCGAGGAAGAUUUUCUUUCACAAGGAGAGCAGAGAAAGCCGCCAAGUUCAGAGGGGGAAAUCCCAGGACUAUCAUCAACUGGGAUUUCUUCGCUACGUUAG